GAUUUUAAGCAAUUAACUACAAAAGAAAAAUUUAUUAUCAAUUUCCUUUAAAUCAGCUGCUUUAAACAAAAUUGUGUACAUCAUCUGCAUUAGAUUCCUGACUAAUAUAAUUUUUUAUUUAAGUCCACUAAUUUUAUUUCUUCCAGACACCAAUGCAAUUUUUUUUCUCUACCAUGAAUAAUUGUUGAACCAUAGAUAGUGAAAUGUAAUUAAGAAAGUUCUAAGCCAGGCAUGCACUAUUCUUUUAGGUCAAACAGGAUUUGCUAUUCCAGUCACACCAUAUUAACCUAGAAGAACAUGAUCUCAUUAUGUUAUCAAUUAGAUUGUCAUCAAGGAACUCUGUAAUAUUAAAUUACUUGCAGUUGUUUAAUUGCUGCAUAAAAUAGGUUUCUGUUUUUUUUAUUAGAAAAUUUGAUUGCCAAGAAAUAAAGACACUUUUUAUCACAGUCUGUUUUAAUAAGUAGUAAGCCUACUUCAAGGUAUUGAAAAAUGCAGAUAUUUCAUGAGAUUGGCCUUGUUUGGAGAACGAUAGUAUUAAUUCUAGCACCUGUAAUAACUCUUCCAAUACUUUAUAUUGAUGGAUCAAAGGAGAUGGCAUGCUUGUAUGGGGUCAUCAUUAUAGCCACAUUUUGGAUAACUGAGGCUUUACCCCUUUCAAUAACAUCCCUUUUACCUAUUGUUUUGUUUCCUGUGCUUGGAGUCCUUCCUGCUAGUGAAGUUGCUGUUAACUAUAUUAAAGAUGCGUCCAUGUUUAGUUUCAGCUGUCUUACUUUUGCUCUGUGUGUAGAAAAAUGGCAAUUUCAUAAAAGAAUAGCAUAUGGUACUUUACUAGCAAUAGGAUCAAGUCCUAAAUGGCUUACCAUAGGGUUUAUGAUACCAACAUGGUUUCUUUCCAUGUGGGUAAACAAUACAUCUGCAACAGCUAUGAUGUUACCUGUAGUCACAGCUGUACUAAACCAGCUUGGUGAAAUGGAAUCAACAGUAGAUUCCAUAAAUAUUUUGCUAACCUCAGAAAAUGAUGUGUUUCCCAAGCAGCAUGAAGAAACUGUCUUGAUGCAAACACUUACCAACAAUAAAAAGAGACUUAAAAAAACUAAUAAAGCUGAAUAUAACUAUUCAAAUAAAAAAUUCAAGCACUUAAGCAAGGCACUAAGUCUUUGUGUAUGCUAUGCUGCAACAUUAGGAGGAAUAGGAUCUAUUACAGGUUCAUCAACAAACCUGAUCAUGCAAGGACAAGCUGAUGAAAUCUUUGAAUCGUAUGGUCUGCAGUCAGGAGUAAAUUUUCUUAACUGGUUUAUUUCUUGCUUCCCUAUUGCUGUCAUAAGUUUAAUAAUAGCAUGGCUGUGGCUUGUAUUUUAUUUCUUUGGAAUCAAAGAAGUUUUCAAGUUUGGAUGUGGAGACAAAGAAGAAACUAAAGCAAUGAGAGCUGUAAUUAAAAGUCACCUCAUGGAUUUAGGCCCACUUUCAUUUGCUGAAAAAGCAAUAAUGGGGCAUUUUUUUGUGCUGUUGAUUUUUUGGCUAACUAUGAAACUCCCAGGCGAAAUAGGAUGGAGCUACUUCUUUAAACCUGAAUAUGUCAACAACUCCACAAUUGGAAUUUUCAUUACUCUACUACUUUUCAUUUUUCCAAGUCAACAACCACAAUGUUUCUGUAGAGGAACUGAAAAAAAUGUGUCUGUUCCUGCUUUGAUGGACUGGAAAACUAUUCAUGAAAAUUUUCCAUGGGGUACAUGGUUGUUACUUGGAGGUGGAUAUACAUUAGCUCAUAUUUGUCAGGAAUCAGGAUUAUCAUUAUGGAUUGGAUUACAACUGUCUGUUUUCGCCAGCAUGGAGCCUUGGCUAAUGAUACUUACACUUUCUUUGACCAUAUCUUUUCUGACUGAGAUCACCAGUAAUGCAGCAACAGCCAGCAUACUUUGUCCAAUUUUGUCAGAAUUGGCUAUAUCAAUGCAGAUGAAUCCUCUAUAUUUUCUCUACCCUGCAACUCUUGCAUGCUCCUUGGCAUUCAUGCUACCUGUAGCUACUCCUCCAAAUGCUAUUGUUUUUGCCACUGGUCACAUAAAAGUUAAAGACAUGGCGAAAGCUGGAUUUGUGCUCAACAUCUUAUGUGUGGUUGUUGUCAACAUAGCUACAAAUACCUGGAUGAAUUCAUUCUUACAGCUUAAUAUCCUACCUCUGGAAAUGAGUAGAAACAUCAAUAAAACUGUUCAUAUUAAAACAUAUCUGAAUUCUACCUCCUAAAUUGAGUAUUAACAGUUAUCAUUUAAAAUUAUUAAAAAUUAAAAUAUUCAUGAUAAUAAAAAUAUCAUUGAUAUUGGGUUUUUUUAAAAUAUGAUUCACAUUAUUUGUAUUAGUUUAUUAGUAAUGUUAUUGACUAAUAUUAAUAAUUGGGUCCUUAAACAGUGGAUGUUUAAUGUGAUCUUCACAUAGGUAGGCCUACUUCCAGACAGCUAGGCUUUUCACUUAAGUACUCCCAUACAGGUACUCAAUAAUUGUUCUGCAUUAAACUAAAUGCUUCCUCACAUAAUA